GGAGGGGAGGACAGGAGGUGGCGGCUGUGCCUAAGCUGGGUCUCGCCUGUCUCCCCACCCCCACCUUCAGCUCCCUCCCCGGCCAGGGCUGUCACUCGGGUGAUGUCAGCUGGCGGGCGGGCUCCAGCGGCCUUUCCCCUCCCUUCUUCAGUCUAUUGCCUCAGCCGCAGCCCCAGCUGACCGGAGGUGGGCGUGUGGGGGGUGCAAGGUGGUAGGACUCGCGGUGGAUCCACGCCGGCCCGCCCAGAGGCACUGAAGGCCGAGCCAAGCGGCGUCCGUGGCAAUCGCGAUUCCGCGAAGCGGGGAGGGUCGAGGAGAGGCGGAGUCGGAGCGGGCAGCGGAGGCGGGGCCGGCCUGCCGAAGCAGCCCAGGCCGCUGCCCUAAAGUUGAGCCGAGCUAAGCGGAGCGGGAGAGCGGCCGGCCGCGCGCCUGUCCCCGCUUCAGCCUGUGCCCUUCGCCCCGACCGCCGCGCCUUCGGCCUGGCCUGCCCUGCUCUGCUCCAUGCGGGCUGGCAGCACAGGCCUGGCCGCCUAGCGAGCCGAGCCGAGCGGAGCUGCGCGUCUGCCCUCCCUCUGCCAGCCGAGGCAGAGCAGCACGCGGAAGUGAUCAGCUUGUGAAGUGACUCAGAGAAGGUGAAGACAGUUCAUUCAGCUGCUUGAGGACAAGGCAGCAGACAGCCGAAUAAAUGCAGUAUCUAAAUUUCAAAGAGGACUGCAAUGCCAUGGCGUUCUGUGCAAAAAUGAGGAGCUACAAAAAGAACGAGGUGAACCUGGAUGCCUUGGUGCCAGGGCUGGAGGUGGUGUUCUACCUGUCCGACAGGAAGCCCCUCCACCUGCUCAGUGGCGAGUACACCGUGGAAGACCUCUGCAUCAAAGCUGCACAGGAGUGCUCCAUCUCUCCGCUGUGUCACAACCUCUUUGCCCUGUAUGACGAAAAGACCAAGCUGUGGUACGCCCCGAAUCACCGCAUCCACAUUGAGGAUAAGACGUCGCUGCGGCUGCAUUAUCGGAUGAGAUUCUACUUCACUAACUGGCACGGAACCAACGAGAAUGAGCAGUCAGUGUGGAGACACUCCCCAAAGAAGCAGAAAAAUGGUUAUGAAAGGAGACGGGUUCUGGAUGGGACGCCCCUCCUUGAUGCCCAUUCACUGGAGUACCUGUUUGCUCAGGGACAAUACGACCUGGUCAAGUGCUUGGCGCCCGUGCGGGACCCGAAGACAGACCAGGAGGUACACGAGAUCGAGAACGAGUGCCUGGGCAUGGCGGUGCUGGCCAUCUCGCACUACGCCAUGAUGAAGAGCAUCCAGCUGCCGGACCUGCCCAAGGACGUCAGUUACAAGCGAUAUAUUCCAGAAACGCUGAACAGGACCAUCAGACAAAGGAAUCUCUUAACCAGGAUGCGAAUAAAUAAUGUGUUCAAGGAUUUCCUUAAAGAAUUUAACAACAAGACCAUUUGUGACAGUAGCGUGACACCCCACGACCUGAAGGUGAAAUACCUGUCCACCUUGGAGACUCUCACCAAACAUUAUGGAGCCGAAAUUUUUGAGACUUCCCUCCUGUUGAUUUCAUCCGAAAAUGAAAUGAAUAAGUUCAUCUCAAAAGACUGCGGGGAGGUCAUACGCUAUGAAGUGAUGGUGACCGGAAACCUUGGCAUACAGUGGAGGCAAAAACCGAAUGUGGUUCCUGUUGAGAAGGAGAAAAAUAAACUAAAGAGGAAGAAACAGGAUGGUAAGCACAGGAAAGAUGACGAGAAAAACAAGACCCAAGAGGAGUGGAACAACUUCUCCUACUUCCCUGAAAUCACUCAUGUUGUCAUCAAGGAGUCCAUGGUCAGCAUUAACAAGCAGGACAACAAGAAGAUGGAGCUCAGCCUGUCAUCCCACGAGGAAGCCUUGUCCUUCGUGUCUCUAGUGGACGGCUAUUUCCGGCUCACAGCAGAUGCCCAUCAUUACCUCUGCACGGAUGUUGCGCCUCCACUGAUUGUGCACAACAUCGAGAACGGCUGCCAUGGUCCGAUCUGCACCGAGUACGCCAUCAACAAGCUGAGACAAGAAGGGAGCGAGGAGGGCAUGUACGUCCUCAGGUGGAGCUGCACAGACUUCGACAACAUCCUCAUGACCGUGACCUGCUUCGAGAGAUCUGAGCAGAUGCUGACGAGCCAGAAACAGUACAAGAAUUUCCAGAUUGAAGUGAAGAAGGGGAGAUACUCUCUACAUGGCUCGGACCGAGUGUUCCCCUCCCUCAAGGACCUGAUGGACCAUCUCAAAAAGCAGAUCCUGAAAACAGACAACAUCAGCUUCGUCCUGAAGAAAUGCUGCCAGCCAAAACCACGAGAAAUUUCCAACCUGCUUGUGGCCACCAAGAAGGCCCAAGAAUGCUUGCCGGUGUAUACCAUGAGCCAGCUGAGCUUCCAUCGAAUUCUUAAGGAAGAUAUCAUCCAGGGAGACCACAUGGGACGAGGCACUCGGACCCAGAUCUACUCGGGGACCCUGGACUACAAGGAUGACGAAGGCAGCUCCGACGAGAAGAAGAUGAAAGUGAUCCUCAAAGUCUUGGACCCCAGUCACAGGGACAUUUCUCUGGCUUUCUUCGAGGCUGCCAGCAUGAUGAGACAAGUCUCCCACAAGCACAUUGUGUAUCUCUAUGGCGUCUGUGUGCGGGACGUGGAAAACAUCAUGGUGGAAGAGUUUAUGGAGUUUGGCCCCUUGGAUCUCUUUAUGCAUCGGAAAAGUGAACAACUCACCACGCCAUGGAAAUUUAAGGUUGCCAAACAGCUGGCCAGUGCACUGAGUUACUUGGAAGACAAAGAUUUAGUGCAUGGAAACGUAUGUGCCAAGAAUGUCCUCUUGGCCAGAGAGGGCCUGGACGGCGAGUGCAGCCCCUUCAUCAAGCUCAGUGACCCUGGGAUCCCCAUCACCGUGCUGUCUCGCCAAGAGUGUGUAGAACGCAUCCCGUGGAUCGCGCCAGAGUGCGUGGAUGACUCCAAGAACCUGAGUGUGGCUGCUGAUAAAUGGAGCUUUGGCACAACCCUCUGGGAGAUCUGCUACAAUGGAGAGAUCCCGCUGAAAGAUAAGACACUGGCGGAGAAAGAGCGAUUUUACGAAGGUCGGGUUAUGCCCGUCACGCCGUCAUGCAAGGAGCUGGCCAACCUGAUGACCCAGUGCAUGAACUACAACCCUAGCCAGAGACCCUUCUUCCGAGCCAUCAUGAGAGACAUCAACAAGCUUGAAGAGCAGAACCCAGACAUCGUUUCAGAGAAGCAGCCAAUGACCGAGGUGGAUCCCACCCAUUUUGAAAAGCGGUUCUUAAAGAGGAUCCGCGACUUGGGAGAGGGCCACUUUGGGAAAGUUGAGCUCUGCAGGUACGACCCUGAAGGGGACAACACUGGAGAGCAGGUGGCGGUCAAGUCCCUGAAGCCAGAGAGUGGGGGCAACCAGAUAGCGGACCUGAAGAAGGAAAUCGAAAUCCUGAAGAAGCUUUACCACGAGAACAUUGUGAAAUACAAGGGCAUUUGUACGGAGGAUGGAGGAAAUGGGAUUAAACUCAUCAUGGAGUUCCUGCCUUCGGGGAGCCUUAAGGAAUACCUUCCUCGGAAUAAGAACAAAAUUAACCUCAAACAGCAGCUCAAGUACGCCGUGCAGAUCUGCAAGGGGAUGGACUAUUUGGGAUCUUGUCAGUAUGUUCACCGAGAUCUGGCAGCCAGAAACGUCCUGGUGGAGAAUGAGCACCGGGUGAAAAUCGGGGAUUUUGGCCUAACGAAAGCCAUCGAGACCGACAAGGAGUACUACACGGUGAAGGACGAUCGAGACAGUCCUGUCUUCUGGUACGCCCCGGAAUGUCUAGUUCAGAGCAAAUUCUAUAUCGCCUCUGACGUCUGGUCAUUUGGGGUCACGUUACACGAACUGCUCACCUACUGCGAUUCUGAAUCCAGUCCCAUGGCGAUGUUCUUGAAGAUGAUCGGUCCCACUCAAGGCCAGAUGACUGUCACCCGGCUUGUGCGGGCACUAAAGGAAGGAAAGCGUCUGCCGUGCCCACAGAACUGCCCAGAAGAGGUGUACCAACUAAUGAAGAAAUGCUGGGAGUACCAACCGACCAGUCGAACAACAUUUCAGGAGCUCAUCAACGGAUUUGAAGCCCUCAUCAAAUAGAACCCAUCCGGCAGACAUUGUUUAAGUGCCUCCCGUGGGCCAGGCACUCUGCUAAAUGUUGGGGUUCGAGCCUCCAAAAAAAGCAUUCUUUUGUUUUUAUCACCUAACCGUUGGCAGUUGGCCGUCUCUAGACGUCAAGUACCUAAGCUCAAAUGGGGGGUGGGGGCUCUUGGGGGAAAAUUGGGAGUGCUUCUCUUCUCCCCAAACCUGGUCAUUUGUUCAUAAAAGCUCUAUCGGGUGCCUGCUGUGUGCGGAGGUGCUUAAUAUGCUAAGGAUGGCUCUUUAGAAGUGAUGAGGAUGGAAUGGCUAGAAGGAGAAGAAAGCUACGGUUUAACACUCCUCUUAUUGGAAGACAUCUACCGCCAGCCACUGAAGUUGGGGGACUCUCAUUUCACUGGGCUGCUGGUUGCUGAUGAUUUUAGUAGCACAACGUACCACCAGAAUAGUUAUUUCAGGAAACGAGAGACCUGGCCAAAAUUCUCUCUCAAAUUAUUUGCUUUCAUUGAGUCCAUUUUCCUGACUUGUCAAAUCAAGGCAAAAGCUUAGCAAGUUCCUGUUCCUUGUACAUACGGACUUGGAGUGUCUAGACAAAUGGACCAAACCCUGUCAAAAACCAAUGGACUGUAUACGAAGGGAAUUCUACUGACUUGGCUUUGAGCUUUCUCUCCAUCAUCUUCUUGGAUCCCCGAUAUCCAGUGAUGACCAUCUGUAAAAAGAUUGGCCGGGCCAAAGAUGCAGCCUGUGUCCACUGGGCAGAACCUCUUUCUAUGUGAUUCUGACUUGGGAACUGGAUGGAUGGCAUUGACCUUGUUAGCAACAUGUCCUAGCCAGCAGAGGCUGGAAGAGCCCAGAUACCACUUAAUAGGCUUUUUUUCUUUUCAUUCUUUUUUUUUAAUCCUUCCCUUCUGUCUCAGUAUCAAUUCUAAGACAGAAGAGGGGCAAGGGCCAGGCAACUGAGAUUAAAUGAUUUGCCAUGGGGCACGUAGUUAGGAAGUGUCUACAUCCAGAUUUGAACCCAGAUCCUCCUGAUUCUAGGUCUGGUGCUCUGUUCAUUGACUUACCUAGGUGCCCCUUCAUGCUUUUUUUAAAAGUAAAAAUGCACAUGUACCUUUUUUAUUUUUAAACUUUGCUACAAAAAGAAAUUAUUGCUGGGGAUUUUGACACAUGCGAGGUCAAGCUGGUUUUAUAUGCUGCCUGGAAACAUUUAGCUACAUGGUUUGAACUGCAUUUACUUUAGGGUGUUCCUAUACUUAAGCUGAAAAAGCAAAAUGCCUUUAUGUGAUGGAUAUAGGCACUGAGCCAAUUGUCACGCGGGGGAGCUGCUGAACGUUGACCAGACCCCACCAUGUGCAACAUGCCCAUGGAUGCCGAGAUGACUAGAAGAUCACCUCUUGGGGGAUCUCCCUGCCUGGAUCUCGCGCCUUUGGCUGAAAGGUGCCAACUUUGGGGAUUGCUUGGCAAUCGCUGGCUCGCCAACUAAAAUGUUGGGGCUGCCAAUCCAAUGUGAACACGAGGGGUUUUCAGCAAUGGCUGUGGGAAGAAUCAUUCCAAAGUCCAUAGUCCUAGGGCAACAUUACUUUUCACUUUCUUCUCUUGACUGUGCUUUGAGGAACGAUUCGGGGCUGGCAGCGAGGCAGGCAGGCUGCCAGGCUAUUCCCACUUGUGUCGUGAGCAAAGGACUUCAUUUUCUACCCUUACCCAUGUUUGUGAGUUUCUUAUGCAGGUAGUGGAACGUUCCACUGUUACCCCCACUUGUACUUGUCAACCUGUGUACAACCUAUAUGCACUUUGUUACUCUUUAUACAAAUAAAUAUAAUAAAGACUCGA